AUGAGGAUCAAAAAAAAAAAGGCCAUGAGGGAAGCGGAGAAGCAGCGGUCGAGAGGCACGGGUACUUUCACUUUCGACAGAUACAUGAUCACGAACACACAGGAGGUACUACCGCAAAAACAGGGCAACACAAGAGAAGAUGCUUACCUCUCCGCAAUGGCCCCCCUUGCCCCCCGCUGCUGCGCGCCAGCGCUGCUGUGCGCCGUGCUGGUGCUCGCCGCCGUGCUGGUGCGCGCCGAGUCGGUCACUGUGACGGACGACCUCACCAUGUCGGGCGCAUCAUUCAACGACUACACCAUGACGCUCGACCUGGCCUCCUCGACCGCAGACGUGGUGACGGUGCAGCUGAUGAACUCGCAGGUGUCUGGCAAGGGCCUCACCGUCCAGAGCUCCGGGGACGACCUCGCCUCGUCGGCGCGGCUGAGCAUGAGCAUGCUGCUCACCACGGUGACGCAGGCCGCCAUCACCUUCUCCGGUGCCAUGCCCGCCAACUCCGACAUUCGCAUUGUCUCCACCAUCGGCUCGCUCACGUCCGCGCAGUCGCUCUUCGACUUCAGCGGCCUCGCGCUCGACAGCAACGUCACCGUCACCGUCGAGAACACCGCCGUCACGUGGCCAAAGGACUCCAUCAACACCGGCAGCAUCGUGCUCAUCAACGCUGGCAGCAACGCCAUCGGCAUCAGGAACCUCGCCGCCCUCUUCGUGCUCGAUGCCGUCGCCACCAACGGCGCGUCCGUGGUCAGGGUCGACGCCCAGUCGUCGUUCCCCGUCUCCAAAGCCGCCGUGCUCGCCAUCGACUACGGCCGCUGCGAGGAGUGCACCGGCGCGCUCGUCAGCAUCAACGCCCCACUCGUCGUCGACGGCUCCAGCAUGUUCCGCGUGACCAACUGCAAGGCCGUCGGCGCGAGCAAGGGCCUGCUGGCCUCCGCCGGCAGCACCACGGUCAGCGGCAAGUCCGUCUACCUUGUCUCCGACAGCGCCGUCGAGUCCGUCUCCCUCUUCUCCUUCCUCACCGGCAUCGAGGACUCCAGCGAGCCGUACCCCUUUACCGUGUCUGGCGGCUCGACCGUGUCCUUCCUCAACCUGGAGGCGCCCUCCACCGGUAUUACCAACCAGGACACCCUCAGCCCCUCGGCAGACUCGCAAGUCAUCGGCGGCGGCUGCGUCAUCAAGGGCGUGGCGCUCAACACCGCCGAAGUGUACAAGAGCAACGGCCUCGCGGUGACGACCGUCGUCGACCGCCAGGGCGCAAGCGGCGGGACCUGCGCCAACGCCAAGUGUAUCCCCGGCAACACCGGAGCAGGCGCCGCCGUCUCCGGCACCGACCCCUGCACCUGCCAGUGCUCCUCCAUGGACUACAACCCGCCCUCCUGCUCGACCAUCGUCGACCCCACACAGAACUACAACCCCACGGACGUGUGCGUCGUGCCCAACUGCCUCACCUGCGACCGCCUCAGCCCCUCCACACGCUGCACGCAGUGCGCCACGGGCUACACCAGCGACCAGCGGUGCAUCCUCCCCACCACCAGACCACCCGACUGCAACGUCCCUUACUGCACCCAGUGCGUCACCGGCAGCGGUUCCCGCUGCAGCACGUGCCGCUACGGCUACACCUCGGUCAACGGUGCCUGCAUCGCCAACGCCAACGCCGCCGCCGGCGCGCACACCGUCGCCCUCGCCGCGGUCGUCUGCGUCGCCGCCGCCCUGUACGCCCUUUAG